AUGGAGGAGCAGAUCAAGAGCGAGAGGCGCUGGUGGCAGGAACACCUUCUCCAGGAGGUUGCCAGGAUCGAGGCCACCGUUAGCAAGGAGAUCUCGAAGUCCACCAGCGCGCUGCGCGAGCAUUUGCAGCUCCAGAUGGAGGAGCAAAGGAUGGUGAUCCACACGGCACUGUCGCCGCUUCGGAGCCCCCGGCACCGCAGACCCGUGUCACUACAGAGUUAG